AUGAUUUCAAUUCGAUUUUCCACACACAUUACCCGAUUGACAGUGCACAAGCAAAGCAACAAUGGUCCAUGCCGCAAUCAGAGCAGCAACCAGAGCAGCAAGGACUCGAAUGAUAGUCAGGGCUUUAAAGUAACGCUUGUGGGAGCUGCUGGCGGCGUUGGACAACCCCUGGCUCUGAUGCUCAAAAUGAAUCAGCGGAUCAAGACCCUAGCACUGCACGAUAAGGUGUCAAUCAAGGGCAUGGCUGUUGAUCUAUCCCACAUCUGCACGCCCACCAAUGUUGAGGCCUAUGAAGAAAAGGAUUUGGGGAAAGCGCUUAAGAAUGCGUCAAUUGUGGUGGUUGCGGCUGGACAGCCGCAGAGACCAAGCGUUAAAUACGAGGAGCAGCUUAAGGCGAACGCCAAAGUGGUUGUUGAGAUAACCAAAGAGAUUUGCAACGUUUGCCCGCAUGCUUUACUAGCUUUCAUCACGACUCCAGUGAAUGCGAUUGUGCCUAUCGUGGCCAAGGUGAUGAUGGAGCUGGAUGCAUAUGAUCCCAAGCGUCUGUUUGGUGUAACAACACUGAAUGUUGUGCGUGCUAAAACAUUUAUUGGCGAUAGCAUCGGCGUUGAUCCCAUGCAGGUCAGCAUUCCUGUGGUAGGCGGUCAUGGUGAGACAGCUUUGGCGCUAAUUUCUCAAUCUAAGCCCCCGUUCGAUGGCAGUGCCAUGGAGCGAGUGGAGGUGCUGCAACAAAUGCAGAAUGCCGGACCUCAGGUUAUUGAGUCGAAGGAGGGCAAAGGUACCAUCACCUCAUCCAUGGCGUAUGCAUCUGCCAGUUUUGUCAACUCUCUGCUCAGGGGUUUGAACAACGAGAAGAAUGUCAUCGAAUGUGCUUACGUUCAGUCAGAUGUUACGGAGGCGCAGUUCUUUGCCUCUCCAGUUUUGCUCGGUCCCAAGGGCAUUCAGGAGAACUUGGGACUGCCCGAUUUGGAUGAAGAAGAGGAGGAGGCAAUGGAGGACCUCGUUAAGAAGUUACAGAAAGAUAUUGAUCAGGGUCUGAAGUUGUCAGUGUGUUGA